AAGUGAAGUUUUCAUUUCCACCCCCAUUACUAUGCAUAUUUCCGAUUUCAGCAUCAGCAACAGCAACCAACAACGUAGAAAAAUAAAAACAAAAUAAAAAUUUGGAUCUUGCAGUAUCUGAAUUUUAUGAACAUAUUAAGACGGAUAAGGCACUUAUAAUUUUAGUGAUGAACCUUUGUGGUGUUAUUUAAUAUCGGCAAUAUACAUAUGUAGAUAUUAAUGUUAUUUAACUUAUCAUUUUUGUUAUUUCUUUUGUAUUCCUGAUAAUCAGAUUCUAUGAACUCAGAAAAUACAUCAUCAGAUUCGGGCGAAGCUUCGAGGUUAAAUUGGAAAUGAUUGUGAUAUUGAAAUUAUUGUAUAAUAUUCAAAUAUAGCAAGCUUAUGCUCUUUAUCUAUGUUAUGGAAUUAUCCCGUUACCUGUUUUUAGUACUCAAGAGGCCUCGUCUAAUAACAACGACCAUUCUGCUAUUGAUAACAUAGAAGACGAUAUGAAGAGGACAGCUGCAAGAAAAUUGAUAGAACAAUACUUCUAUCAACUAACUGAAGGUUGUGGAAACCAGAACUGCAAAAAUAUUAACUGUGCUUCUAGUGGAGAAUUAAAACCGAUGACGCCCAACGAAGCAGCUGGUCAUGCAUUAAAGUUAUUUUCCCAAGAAGCAAAAUUAUGUGAAAGACAUCCCAGUAAAAUUGCAAGAACAAAUUUACCAAGUAAAAGCAAUACACAAAAUGAAAAUAUAGGUGGAAUUUGUUCAAUACCUUCUAAUGAUACUAUUAUAUCACAAUCCAGUAAAGAUGGAACUAAGAGUAAUAAUAAGUAUAGUAGUGCGUCUGUACCUUCAUUUCUCACGGAAGAAGCCCUUUAUGAUAUAAUUGAUGAGUGUGAAGCAAAUGACUCAUAUUCACCUCUAAUAAGGACAAUAGGUGAAGUAUUUAGUAGUAUAGAAAAUUUAUCAAGGAGUUUUGCACAAGAACCUUUUAGUCCUUCAUCUACACCUAAUGUUGAAAAUCCAGAGCAAGUUUCUGGAUUAAAUAAAGAGGAGCUUCGCCAUUUAGAAGGAGAAAAGGAUAAAGACGAAGAUUCUUGUGCAAACAUUAGUAAAAAUGUAAUCUUGCCACUUGAUAUUGCAUCAUUAAGAAGAGCCUAUAACGCACUCUUUAAACUGAAGACGUCGAUAUUUGAAAACUCUCUUAUCAAUGCGUUAGUGACGUUAGCAGGGAAUUUACAAAUGGAAUUGCCAACGAGAAAAGAUACAGACAACCAUGAUGAUAUUGUAAAUGUGUUAUUAAUUGUUUUUGAAAUACCCUCUUUAGGUUUGGGAGAUUUUAUUGAUACAGCCCUACCAGCUAUUUGUAGAGCUUCACAGUGGUUGCCUGUAGAAGUACAAGCAACUCUAGCUCGCAUGUGGGCAGGGCCUGGUAGGACAAAUAUACGAAAUAUUUUGCAAAAUUUACAACAGUUAAUUACGACACGAACGUACGGAACACCGUUUCAUAGAGACUUUUUUAUACAAGAUGAAAAUGUUAUAACAUCAGCCACAAAACUUGUGAAGAUACUUUAUUAUGGAAAUAUGUUAGCUGGAGUACUGGAAUCUCCUUCUUUAAGGUAUACAGAUGAAAUGAGCGAUUCUAUGGAUGAAUCGUUUUUAGCAGUUAAGCUUAAAAAGAAUAUCACUCCCGAGGACCCGUUAGCUAAAAUCCUCGGUAUUCACGUUUUAGACUGCAGAAAGCCAUACUUGCCGUUUAAUGAGUUUUAUAAUGAGCCACUUAGUGACUUGGUAGAGAUGGACCGGGACUUUGCAAAUUAUAAAAGUGAACUAGGAAUUUUUUCAGGGAAAUUUAGUUUUAUGAAUUACCCGUUUAUUUUAACUCCCGCAACAAAAACAAUGGGCUUAUAUUUCGAUAAUCGAAUUAGGAUGUAUUCUGAACGAAGGAUUAGUCUCUUACAAGCAGUCUCUGGUCACCCUUCUCCAUCCAAUCCGUAUUUGCGAUUAAAAGUUCGGAGGGAUAAUAUUAUAGAUGACGCCUUAGUAGAAUUGGAGAUGAUAUCAAUGGAAAAUCCUAAUGAUUUAAAAAAGCAAUUAGUGGUUGAGUUUGAGGGUGAGCAGGGUAUAGAUGAAGGUGGAGUAUCAAAGGAAUUUUUCCAACUAGUCAUAGAAGAGAUAUUUAAUCCUGAUUACGCAAUGUUUACAAUGCAGAAUGAAACACAAACUGUUUGGUUUAAUCCAACUAGUUUUGAAAGUUCAGCUCAAUUUACGUUAAUAGGAAUUGUCUUGGGUUUGGCCAUAUAUAAUAAUGUGAUAUUGGCUGUUAAUUUUCCUAUGGUUUUAUAUAGAAAGUUAAUGGGUAGGAAAGGGUCUUUUGAAGAUUUAUUAGACUGGAAUCCUGUAUUAUAUAGUAGUUUAAAACAAAUGUUAGAGUACCCCGAUCCAAAUUUAGAGGAUGUGUUCAUGCAAACAUUUAGAAUAAGCUACCAAGAUGUGUUCGGGACCAUUAUAAAUUAUGAUUUAGUAGACAAAGGACAUAAAAUACCUGUAACCCAGGAAAAUAAAUACGAAUUCGUUGACUUAUAUGCGGAUUUCUUAUUAAACAAGUCGGUAGAGAAACAAUUUAGAGCUUUUUAUAAAGGUUUCCAAAUGGUUGUAGAUGAAUCGCCUUUAGAACAGCUAUUCCGUCCUGAAGAAAUUGAAUUACUUAUUUGUGGUAGUAAAAACUUUGAUUUUGAUGAACUGGAAAAGUCAACUGAAUACGACGGGGGUUACUCAAAUGAAUCGCAAAUAAUCAAAGACUUUUGGUCACUUGUCCAUGCAUUUUCUUUAGAAGACAAAAGAAAACUUUUACAAUUCACCACCGGUUCAGACAGAGUGCCAAUAGGAGGUCUAAGUAGGUUAAAAUUAGUGAUAGCCAAGAACGGACCAGAUUCGGACAGAUUACCUACCGCUCAUACUUGCUUUAACGUCUUAUUAUUACCCGAAUACAGUUCAAAAGAUAAAUUAAAAGAUAGACUAGUAAAAGCUAUAAACUAUUCAAAGGGUUUUGGCAUGUUAUAAAAUAUAUUGCUUGUGAUUUAUUUACUUUAGUUAUGGCAGUUGUGAGAAUUACUAACUGUAAUUAUUGUUUGUGUAAGGUAAUUUAAAUUGUAUUCGUUUUAUCUAAUAAAAAAUCUUUUUAUUACAAACA